GAAUGAUUGCCAACACUUGAGUUGCUUUCAAUUAUAACUUAAACUUUGUUCCUAUUGAACUAUUUUGUAUCACAAAUAAGCUUUAGUUUAACUUGAAACCUCCAAAAUUCAAUGAGUAUCAUAAUGAAUAAAAUGAAGGCGAGCAGUGUUGUGAUGCACAAUGUCUCUGAUGAUGCAGUCAACAGCUGCUGGCAUGCUGAGCUGAGCACCCAAAUGUCUUCUGAAUCUUGCAAAGUUGAGUCUGGUGUUGAGCUGCUGACUUAGGGGAUUCAUAUAUUGCUCACAAUCAUGUAUAAUUGAAAAUAGUAUUCUUGUUAUGAUUAAAUAAAAGUUAUUUAAUUUACUAACUUGAAGAUACUGCCCCAAAUUUUGUGGGAGCUGUGACACAUUGUUUGUCAUCUGUAACUGUCUUGCUGUCUCAUGUUCAAGUUUAUUCAUGAUGUUGAUCUAUGUAAAUUUAUUCAGCUACAGAGGCCAGUGGGUCAUUGCCUCCCCUAUAAAUGGUGGCAGUUUACAUCAAAGAGGAGCCUGGAGAUGGAGAAGAGGACAUAGCUGUGAAGGAGGAACCAAUUGAUAACUAUAAAAAAGAGGUAAUUAUGACGAGGAGGUACCUAACAAACAAGGAAAUUGCGUCACUCUUGGAGGAAAUUGAAAGUGAUUUCAGCUCUAGUGCUGAUAUUGAGAGUGACCAUGAGCCUGCAAAGAAAAACAUUACAAUGUUUUCUCACGAUCUAGCAGCCUCAUCUGACGAUGAACGAUUUGUGAUACAGAUCACUUCUGAAGAAAAUGCCACUGAUAGCUGCAUCUCAACAAUGCAAGAUCAACCUAAUCUGAGCAGAAAUGUCAAAAGAAAGUGGAGGAAAAAAGAUGAGAAAGCUAGCAACAUUGAGUUCUUUGACUACAAGGAAAGUUACAUGGACAUUUCAUCACCUCUUGAUUCUUUUUUUUGUUUGUUUUUUGAUAAUGAUUUGCUCAAUAAAAUUCAUUAUGAUGCCAAUCUCAAAUGCACUCAGGCAGGCAUGGCUGCAGAUAUAUCUGUUGAUUAAAUAAAAACAUUCCUUGGCAUCAAUAUAGUAAUGGGAUACAACAGAUGUCCAACAAUUAAUUCAUACUGGAUGACUGGAGAUGACAUUGGAGUACAGUGCUUAAAAGAAGCCAUGUCAAGAGACAGGUUCUACAAAAUACUGCACCACCUUCAUCUCAAUGACAACAGCAAGAUGGACAGAAACAAGGCGAACUUUACAAAGUAAGGCCAUUAUUGAACAUCUUGAAGCAAAAUUUUGAUGUCAUGAGAGACCCACAAGAACAUCUAUUGGUUGGCGAAUUGAUUAUAAAGUUCAAGGGAAGAAGCAGCCUGAAACAGUACAAUCUGCUAAAGCCGAUCAGAAGAGGCUACAAAGUCUGUUGUUUAUCUGACGAUGAAGGCUAAGUGUAUGACUUUGAUAUUUACACUGGGAAAAGUACUUCAAAAAUUCCCUGCAGAGAAGCUUCACUUGGAUUUGGAGCUGAUGUGGAUGGACUCAAAAGCAGUUCAUCUGAUUUAAAACUUUCAUGGAACUGAAAAAUCGACUGUUUCCCAUAAGCUAAAAAAUGGUCAAAAAUAAUUGCAAAAUCUCACCUCGCCAUCAAAGACUACAAUGAACACAUUGGAGGGGUUGAAAGGCAUAACCAACUACGUCAACUGUAUGGCAUCAAGAGGAAAAACAUCAAAUGGUGGCAUCGCAUCUUCUUGGAUUGCUUGACAUGGUGGCUAUAGUCAACUCAUUCAUACUGUAUAGAGAUGCUGGACACCCAACGAUUGCUCUCCUUGAUUACCAAAGAGAACUUGGCACUGGACUCCUGACAUUUUCAACAAAGCCAACAGCAAGCUGCAAGAGACGUAGAAAGAGUGACUUCUCGACUCCAGCUUCAGUGAGAUUGUCCAAUGUAGGAGUACAUUGGCCUCAGUUCUAUGUGUCCAGGGGCAGGUGCCAAGUGUGCUCGAAGAAGGGAGAAGAAGCAAGACCUGCCGUAGAAUGUGAACACUGCAAAGUGCAUCUAUGCUGUAACUCUGCAAAAAACUGCUUCGAAGAGUUUCAUCAGUGAUAGACUUUCUGCAUUGAUAAUAAUAUGUAACUGAUUGCAUUUUAUUUGCUUGUAGUACAUCAAUAAAAGAACAUAAAUUAUAGUAAAUAAAUUGCUACUUCUGUAACUUUUGUUAACUCCAAAGGAAUAUAUUUUUACCUGAUUAUUGUGAUAGGUUAAGUAUUUUUAUCUGUUAAUUGCGAUAGUUCAUUAUAAGCUAGUGCACACUUUUGCCAAAGGAACUUUGUGAUAUCAUCUUAAUAUUUUUUUUUCUCUCACAAAGUUAGCACUUUUCACAAUUAAUAUACAGUAUUGGUGAUAAUGUUGCAUUUCAUGAUCCCUAACUCUAAAUUUGCCUGCAUUUAAUGUAAAAGAUGCAUUUCAACAAAUAACAGCAACAGAAUUGCAGCUACAGCAGCGCUGCUGCAAAAUCAAUUAAUUAUUAAUUAUUGUAGAUAAAUCUGUUACUUCAGUUUCAACCAUUUACUACCGAGAAUCUGUGGUCUCGCUUAUGGAAUUUUUAACAUUAUUAUAUAUUUAAUUUUUUCAGAAAUGUGGAAAAAAUUGCAGUAAAAAAUGUUGAAAAAUGUGGCAAAAAUUGUCAGUCCAAAUUUACCGUGAUUCUGUUAAAAAAAAAUUCAAUUAAAAAGUUGUAAUAGACAUAGCAGUUAGUGAUUUUAAUAAAAUGUCAAGCAUGAAAUUCACAUGGAUCUUAGGAAUUGGUUCUCAGCUUGGGCAAAUUAGCUCCUAAAGCUUGAGGGAUUUAUUCCUCAAAUUUGUGUGAGAUUAUCCUGCAAAUAAAGUUUGAAGAGGUAAUUUGUGUCUGGCAUUGGUACAUUCACUUAAAUAUGAUUAUAUAAAAUGUUCAUAUUGCUCAAUGAAUUAAUGCUUUGCAUUAUUAGUGCAACAGUUUUAUUUUGCUUUCCUAAUUCUUAAUUGUAUAUUGUUUUAAACUAGUCAACAGUAAUUUUGUUCAUUACUAAUUAUGUUUGCCAGCGAACGAGUAAGAAUCUUGUCAUAAAAAAGCUAUUUAUUAUUUGAUGAUCAGCAGUUCAUUGCAAUAUGAGUUCUGUGCCAGCUAGUGAAGUUAGGCCCUUUCACAUGGGGCGGCAAAUAUCGCAUGCUUCAAAAAAUGCAACUGUAUUUACCAGCAAACCUCAGUGGACAUACAAAAUAUACACUGCUAUUCACACACGACAGAUUUUAAUGCAGCGUAGAAUUUGAUGUAUGCAGCAGUUGCCGCUCUGUGUGAAAGGGGCCUUAGUCCUGAUAUACACAUGCCAAGCAUUGCUUGGUAUAUGGGUUCUCAUGAAUGCCAUGGAGUUGUUUGCUGUGUGUAGCUCAUUCAUGUCUAGUCCAAUUGUGGUCCCAAAGUAUGAACUUGUGAUGAGAUUAACUUAAGUUGAAAAUUAACAACUGACUGGUAAUUAAGUUUUCAUCUGAUCUGAUUGUAUGUUAAGAUGGUUUAGGGAAUUUUUUAUGUAUCAUAUUUCUUAGUUCAAUGUAAUAUAAGUUUAUAAAUUUUUUGCUUUUUAAGGCUAGUAUGCACAAAUGUGCCAAAUUUUGAGAUUCACUAAUUUUGUAGUUUUUUUUUCAAAUUUGAAUUUUGAAGGACCAAAUAGCAGAUGAGGAAUCUAUAUAAUACAGUCAUGACACCCAA